AUGGGACAGGGUUUUAGCAACAGUAUCUCUGUCUCUGAAUUCCCUGAUUCUCCUAAAUCAAUGAUGUUAAUGGCAAUUUGUAAUGGAAAACUCGAACCUCUUCCUGCUUCGAAAUUUUUCCGAAAUCCAAGAAAUUAUUCUGAAUCAUCAGUCAUUUUAAUUGAGCCACAAGCCCAGAAAACGUAUAAAAAGGAAGAAUUUCCUCAUCCGAAGGUAUCUUAUAAGGAAGUAAUAAGAGUUGUCAAUCAAAUUUACAAAAUAACACCUUCAAUGAUUUCUGACUUCAAAAUCUGGAUUUUAAGUCCAACAAAUAUUACAUCUAAAGACCGUUCUCAGCUUAUGCAGCUUAUUAAAAAUACAAAAUUCGAAUUCUUCACAACAAAUGCUGAUAUUAUGCCGGAAAGUAUUUUUAUUGAGUCAGCACUGCCAGCUUCAAUAAAUGAUGCUAUUAAGCGUCCAGUAUCUUCCCCGCGAAAGAACGACAGUCUUGCUUUACCUUCACGAGGAAAUAGUCUGACUAUUAGUUUUGAAAAUAGUGCUUUUACAAAUCCUGGUCCCUUGUCAUCUCCUAAGUCGGAAGAGAGGAUUUAUAAAGAUUCUUGUGAUAAAAUUGUGGAUGGUUUAUACAUAUCUGGUGAAAAAGUUGCAUCAGAUCUUCCACUCUUACUCAAAACUGGUAUAACACACAUUGUUAAUGUUAACGCAGGUGCAUCUCCCAUUAAUUUCCCUGAUCAUUUCAAAUAUUGCUCAGUUCACUUAACUGACUCGGUGUUUGAAGUUUUUGAUGAUGAAUUUUGGGAUGCAGUUAAAUUUACAGAUGAAGCUAUUGCAAAUGGUGGUAAAAUUUUAGUUCAUUGCCGAAAAGGCAUUUCUAGAUCAGCUGCUCUUUGCUUAGCUUAUUUAUUAGAAUAUAGAGGUGUGUCUUAUGAUGAAGGUAUGAAUCUUCUUCGUAAGGCAAGGCCAAUGGUUGAUAUCAAUAAUGGAUUUGCUCAACAAAUAUUGAAUCACUCAAAAGGACAGACAAAUUCACCUAGUGAUAUUAACCUUUCAUUGACUUUUCCCCCACGUAGGUAUUAA